UGCGUUUUUGACAUUAAGAAGUUUAAUUGCAUCACAAGUAAUCAAAUUUCGGUGUGAUGCUGAAUUUUAUUAAUUAUUUCUGUAAAUACACCUAAUUAGUGAAUGAAAUUAACUGUGGAAAAAUCUUCCAAGUGUCCUUUGUUAUAUUGCAAUGCAAAAUUCUCGAAAAAGUCUCCAGUUACUAUGUACGGCUACACAAAAUCUUUCACUAAAAUGUCCACCAAGGCAAGCAAGAGAUCUUGUGGUGAUAUCAAGCAGACACCUUUAUGUUGGAGUGUCACAGCGGGCACGUAAUAGGAAACAACCACCGACUAAUGUCUCACAAUUAUUUAAACCUGUGCCAGUACAGCACAACGUGGAUGAAUUCGAUGUUGGAUCCGAAUUGGCGGGCAAGCUGGAAAAGUCGGCUAUAUUAAAAAUUCUUAAUAAAUUUACACAAAGAAGAGAAGUAAAGGUCCUUUGUACCGAGCACGGUCUGGACAAUUAUCUACAGCAGCAGGCAUUUGCAUCAUUUCGGCGCUUUUGUAUAGAAUCGGAGAAUUUACCCGUAGAUCUUCACAUAACAUUUAGUGAUAUUUUUAAUGGUGCUGGCCAUGUGGAUGACAUAUUUCCAUAUUUCAUACGUCACGCCAAAACUAUAUUUCCCCAUUUGGAUUGUAUGGACGAUUUAAAGAAAAUCUCCGAUUUACGAACACCUGCUAAUUGGUAUCCUAGUGCUCGUGCUAUAACACGAAAAAUUGUUUUUCACGCUGGACCUACCAACUCAGGGAAAACAUACCACGCCAUGGAGAGAUUCCUAAAUGCAAAAUCUGGUGUGUAUUGUGGCCCUCUCAAGUUGCUGGCAACUGAAGUUUUUAAUAAAUCCAAUGAAAAGGGUACACCCUGCGAUUUAGUAACCGGUGAAGAGCGCAAAUAUGGAAUAAAUGAAAAUACCCCUGCCGCGCAUGUAGCCUGCACAGUAGAGAUGACGUCCGUAAAUACACCGUAUGAAGUUGCUGUUAUUGAUGAAAUUCAACAAUUGAAAGAUCCUCAAAGAGGCUGGGCUUGGACUAGGGCAUUUUUGGGUCUUAUAGCCGAGGAAGUUCAUGUAUGUGGAGAAGCAGGUUCUUUAGAGUUAUUGGAGAAGAUUUGUGAGACUACAAAUGAAACAGUGGAAGUGCAUAACUACACUCGUCUUACAGAGCUUACUAUAGAAGAUUCUGCUCUAGUAACAUUGGAUAAUGUUCAACCUGGUGAUUGUAUCGUUUGCUUUAGUAAAAACGAUAUUUACACAGUUUCAAGAGAAAUAGAAGCAAGAGGUAAAGAAGUAGCUGUUAUAUAUGGAGGCUUGCCCCCUGGAACUAAGUUGGCACAGGCAGCUAAAUUUAAUGAUCCUGAAAAUAGUUGCAAGGUUAUGGUGGCGACUGAUGCUAUCGGAAUGGGUUUAAAUUUGAGCAUACGUCGCAUUAUCUUCUAUUCGCUGGUGAAACCAUCCAUGAAUGAAAAGGGUGAACGAGAAAUCGAUACCAUUUCUGUGUCAUCAGCCUUACAAAUUGCUGGCAGAGCUGGACGUUUCCGCACACAAUGGGAACAUGGCUAUGUCACGACAUUUAAAUCAGAUGAUUUACCAACGCUCCGGAAACUACUUUCGCAAACACCAGAUCCCCUAAAACAAGCUGGCCUUCAUCCUACUGCCGAUCAAAUUGAACUAUAUGCCUAUCAUUUACCUAAUUCAACUUUGAGUAAUUUAAUGGAUAUUUUUGUUAACCUUUGCACCGUGGAUGACUCGCUUUACUUUAUGUGCAAUAUAGAAGAUUUUAAAUUUCUGGCUGAAAUGAUACAACAUGUUCCACUACCCUUAAGAGCGCGUUAUGUUUUCUGUUGUGCGCCAAUCAACAGAAAAAUGCCAUUUGUUUGUUCCAUGUUCUUAAAGAUUGCUAGACAAUACAGCCGAAGUGAACCGAUAACUUUUGAUUUUAUCAAAAAGAAUUGCGGUUGGCCCUUAUCUCUACCAAAAACUAUUGUAGAUUUGGUACAUCUAGAGGCAGUUUUUGAUGUUAUGGACUUAUACCUAUGGCUUAGUUAUCGUUUUAUGGAUAUCUUUCCCGAGGCAGCCUCUGUGAGAGCUGCCCAAGCAGAACUUGAUGAAAUCAUACAACAGGGAGUUUUUCAAAUAACAAAACUGUUGAAAAAUACCGAAGCCAAUCAGGGUACGGCAAAUGGUGACACUACAUACAACAUGAGACGAAUAGUACAAACUAAAGAACCCCGCUUACCAAGUACCUCAAGAGGUCGACUGACUGAUCGUCUCAUAUCUCAGGGUUUAUUGACACCCGGCAUGCUAAGCGAAUUGCGUAAAGAAUGGGAUGCCCAGCAACAAGCGCUCAAACAUAAAGAACAAAAUCAAGAUAACCAAUCGAAAACUGAUGAAUUUCCAAAUGAUAGCGACGAUGAUGACUCAACGUAUAACAAGAAUAUGCGAAAGAAACGUAGAAAAUAAAUUUAUAUCUCGUAUAUAAAUAUAUAUUUUUUAUAAUUAGACUAAUUUGCCAUUAAGAAUUGUAACUCUUAAUUUUAUUUUACUUGUUUACAACUGAUUGUUGUUAUUUCAUGUAGUAUUUUUGUUACGAGUGCAUGAAGAAAUCCAAAGUAAUAAUUGC